CGGGCGGGAACCCGGAAGUGGGCAGCGCUGGCGGCUCCCGUCGGGUAGUGGGGGGCUCCGCCGGGCGGGCGCAGCUGGCACCCCUUGGCGGGGGCAGCGGCGGCUGGCAUGGUGCUGGUGGCAGCGCGCCGCGCCCGCGUUGCUCGGAGGAAACCUGAGCGGAGCCGCGAUGGAGAUGCUGCUGCCGCCCGUAUGCACCAAACUUUGUCAUCAGAAGCCUGUGGAUCUGAAAGAUGACAACACUGAAAUUCACUGUCCCAUUACAGUAAAUCCAUGGCACAUGAAGAAAGCUUUUAAAGUUAUGAAUGAAUUAAGAAGUCAAAACUUGCUGUGUGAUGUGACGAUAGUAGCUGAAGAUUUGGAAAUUGCAGCGCAUAGAGUUGUGCUAGCCGCCUGCAGCCCCUACUUCCAUGCCAUGUUUACAGGUGAGAUGAGUGAAAGCCGAGCAAAGAGAGUUCGAAUAAAGGAAGUUGAUGGCUGGACUCUGAGGAUGCUUAUUGAUUAUAUUUACACUGCUGAAAUUCAAGUAACAGAAGAAAACGUGCAGGUACUGCUCCCAGCUGCUAGUCUCUUGCAACUGCAGGACGUCAAACGGACUUGCUGUGAAUUUUUGGAAUCCCAGCUUCAUCCUAUCAACUGCUUGGGGAUUCGUGCUUUUGCUGACAUGCAUGCAUGUGCAGAUCUCUUGAACAAGGCCAAUACAUAUGCAGAACAGCACUUUUCUGAUGUUGUACUUAGUGAAGAAUACCUCAAUCUUGGUGUAGAGCAGGUGUGCAGUCUUAUAUCCAGUGACAAACUCACAAUUGCCUCAGAAGAGAAGGUGUUUGAAGCAGUGAUAGCGUGGGUAAACCAUGACAAAGAUAUAAGGCAGGAGCUAAUGGCACGCCUGAUGGAGCAUGUUCGGUUGCCUUUGCUUUCCCGUGAAUAUUUAGUUCAGAGAGUUGAAGAAGAAAUACUGGUUAAGAACAGCAGUGCUUGUAAAGAUUACCUCAUUGAAGCUAUGAAGUAUCACUUGCUGCCCACUGAGCAACGAGCACUGAUGAAAAGCACUCGAACGAAAUUGAGAACGCCUGCUAGCCUCCCAAAAUUGAUGAUGGUCGUUGGAGGACAGGCACCAAAGGCAAUUCGCAGUGUUGAGUGCUAUGAUUUUAAAGAAGAGCGCUGGCAUCAGGUAGCUGAAUUGCCUUCCAGAAGAUGCAGAGCAGGAAUGGUGUACAUGGGAGGCAUGGUUUAUGCUGUUGGUGGUUUCAAUGGUUCUUUAAGAGUUCGCACAGUAGAUUCCUAUGAUCCGGUGAAGGACCAGUGGACGAGUGUGGCAAAUAUGCAAGACAGGAGAAGCACACUGGGAGCAGCAGUAUUAAAUGGCCUUCUUUAUGCUGUGGGAGGAUUUGAUGGGAGUACAGGCCUAUCAUCAGUUGAAGUUUACAACCUGAAGACUAAUGAGUGGUUUCAUGUAGCUCCAAUGAACACAAGAAGAAGUAGUGUUGGUGUAGGUGUUGUUGGAGGUAAACUGUAUGCUGUAGGUGGUUACGAUGGGGCGUCACGUCAGUGCCUUAGUUCAGUAGAAUGCUAUGACGCUAACGCAAAUGAGUGGACCUAUGUCGCGGAAAUGAGCACGAGACGGAGUGGAGCAGGUGUCGGAGUGUUAAACAAUUUAUUGUAUGCAGUAGGUGGUCAUGAUGGUCCAUUGGUAAGAAAAAGUGUUGAAGUGUUUGAUCCCACUGCCAGUACAUGGAAGCAAGUUGCAGACAUGAACAUGUGCAGAAGGAAUGCAGGUGUUUGCGCUGUAAACGGUCUCUUGUAUGUAGUUGGAGGAGAUGAUGGUUCCUGUAAUUUAUCAACAGUGGAGUAUUAUAAUCCAACAACUGAUAAAUGGACAGUUGUGUCAUCCUGUAUGAGUACAGGAAGGAGCUAUGCAGGUGUUACAGUUAUUGACAAACCAUUAUGAUCAAUAAAAGGAUUUCCAACUUGAUUAUGCACUAGAAGCAGUCUUCAACAAGUACAUUUGAAGUGACUGAGAAUCUAGGCGCUUCUCUACUUGUAGCUGCACCUUGAGUCACAGUGGAAGAUGUGACUAUCUACAAUUACAGCUGACAGACGAUGAAGAUUACUCUAGGCAGAAGCAAUGUGUGUAGGAUUUUUCUGCAGUUGAGCAGAAGGUGAUUGAAUUUUUGAAGUCUAGUGGACCUUUUUUUUUUUCAUUGCAAGAUCUUACAAAAAAAAGAAGAAAAAGCCACUUUCCUAAGGACCGACUUCUGUCAGUGACGACUGAGAAACGGCUUGUCAGUGAAGAAUGGUGUGUAUUCUGGUGAAAGUAAAUUUUUGUCUUAUUUUUUCCAGAGACUAAGAAAUAUAUUUAAAGAAACGAACUGUCAGUCUUCAUAGUAGGUAUUGAAUCCCACAUCAGUAAUUCCAGCUGGCAUGGGGUAACUUUGUUUCCUUUUAUAACAACUUUUGUUACAUAAUUAUACUACGUGCAUAUGUUUGUGUGAGCAAUUCGAGUCUUCAGAACUGAUUUUACUAUUUAUAAUUCGGCACAGGACUUUGAAUAUGUCAGUACUACGUUGUAAAACAGAGUUGUAUUUUUUGAUAUGCAACAAUGCAGCACUACUACUUCCCACUGAAGGAGGUCAGAGACGGUAGGACACUUACUGAACAAGAAGUGUGAUUACAGGAUCUUUUUAAUAAAAAUGUUGUCUGUACUUAGAAUUUUUUUUUUUCCUGUUCGAGUUUGGUCACAUUUAGAUGUUACUUCUUUCUUACCUUUUUAUCCAAAAAAUGUGAAUUGGCAUGAAAAUAGCUGAAAAUUUAUAAUGAAUGUAUGAAACUGCAUUGGACUUGCAUGGUACUAAGGCCUCUUUAUGCGUGUAACCUUAGCUUCUCUUAGCUAAUACCUGAAUAUACUGUACGUGGCCACGCUUAUACAGCAGCUUAUUUUUAUUCGCUCUUGGAUGGCCUCCUCUUAACAUGACCAAAGUUACUGUCAUAUUUGAGACAUUUUCUUCAAAUAAAAGUUUGUAUAUGGUUUCCUAAUGCAAACAA